UACCCGGUUCCACCGAGCCACAGCCUCCUCCUGCCAUGGCGCGCUCUAAAAGAGAUCGCCCCGGUGAUGCUCCAGCCUCAAUCUCCGCAUCCAUGGCGCCCGCCUCGACCCCACGUCCUUCCCUAACAGCCUCAAUCUCCGCAUCCAUGGCGCCCUCCUCAGAAAAAAACACCACCAUCUUUCGAUCCGAGGCGUGGCAAUCCGUCGACGCCGACGCCGGUUAUCCCGACUGGGUUCUUCUCAACAUGACCGCGAGGAUCUCCAAGGACGCGAACGAGACUACGGCCAAGUACUGCGCAAUCUUGGAGGGGAGGACCGAGGCCCUCGAGGUGACCUUCUGCCUCGUCCACCCGCCGGACGUCUCCCGCUUCUCCGUCCACUCCCCCGGCCUUCGAGACUCCGACCCGCCGCCCUUCAUCCUCUGCGCCGAGGGACCCUUCGUCCUCUUCUGCGUCACUCUCAACAAGUACCAACACUUCUUCGUCUACACCGCCAGCGGGGAGCCCUCACUGCACCGGCUUCCGGAACCAGACCGCAAGGCACUUGAGACGCAGCAAUUCGGUCUCUUGCCCUGCAGCAGCAGCCUACACUACCAGGUGGUCUUCCUCGAUACAGAGUGGACAGAAUCCACCGAUCACGACAUUCAGUAUUAUGCCUAUGUGUACUCGUCCAAGACCACAGCCUGGAGGAGAAGCAAGCCACCAUUGCUGCACCUGUCUGGGUCGGACCAGGCCUACUUCGAAAUUUAUGGCCACGCCAGCUGCAAGCAGAUCACCGUUGGAGCAGACUCGGUUGGCUGGGUUGACCUCCAGUUUGGUAUAAUUCUUGCACGCCACCUCUCCAGCGACCGUCCACUCGUCGAAUUCAUCGCACUCCCAAGAUCAAGGGUUUGCAUCACUGACAAGGAUAAUGACCCUUACUAUGCCCCUGAAUUUUUCUGCGACGUCAUCUGCUGCGGCCAUAAUAUGAUCAGAUUUGUGGAGUUAGAUUUCGAUAGACCUGACUGCAGGAUAAAUGGUAACCGUUGGAAAGCCAUCACCUGGGACAGGCACAUCUCUUGGGAUGAUUGGCACAAGGGAUACACUGUCGAUGUUGAUGACAUCUAUGUUGACCAAAGCUAUUCUUCUUUGUUGCCUGAGUUGUUGAAUGAGGAAACCCAGCUACUCGAGCUUAGGGAACUGGAGAUCCUUAUCCCCACCCUGAGCAUGCACGAAGAGAGUCUUCUUUACAUGAUGGCCAAGCUGAAGGACGAAGAUAGCACCGCCUGGAUUCUCACUAUUGACCUGAAACAUGCUGCUCUGAAAGGAAUUGUCCAAGUUUUGGCUAAACCUUUCUAUACCAUCACGUUUUGCUGUCCAUGCGACUUCCCCAAGUACCUUUCUGGUACCACCACCACACCCCGUAAGGAACUUGUUGAACUUGAUGCUUCCCACAACAAGCAGAAAAAGAAGAACGACCGAUCUCACAAGCAUGAGGCUCUGGAUCAAGGGAAAUAUUGCAAGAAGGGGGGUCUGAAGCAAGGAAACACUCACAAGCAGGAGGGUUUAAAUCAAGGGGAACGACAGAGCAAGGCAAAUAAUAGGGUGGAGCCUAUGAGUAGAUGGUUAUUGUGCUUGUCCUGGUGCAUGAUGUUGGCUCGAUUGUGCAUGGAAGAUCUUUGGAGUUCAAAGUGAGCUUGAUUCAAAUCGAAGCUUGACAAUUCAGUUGGAAGAAAGCACGAGAGUUAUUUUUGAAAGAUACUUCAGAGCUGGGAAAGCUAAUGUGUUGCUAACAGUUGUAGGCCUAAAUGGAAUUUUUUGCUUUGUGGGUCUUCUUGUAACCAUGUUUUGAUGUAGAUGUUGGUUUAGUGAAACUCUGAGAAAUCUUUGAUGCCGCACAACUCUAUCUUGUUUGUAGUGGUGUAGACUGGUUGUAUGUGAGAGACAGCUUAAGUUAUGCAUACAUCUUUUCUUGGGGCUGUGCGCAUUCUUAAACUUAAGCUAGGUGAGAACCAAGAGAGGAGGGCCCCUGUGUAACCGAUGACUAUUCCGAAAUAAAGAAGGAU